CUUUGUCUGGAGGCAAUGCAAUAUCGUUCGACGCUAUACUCUGCGCAUACACAGACAUCGCGUGUGUAUGCGAUAUACCCGUUGUAUUGUAUAUAGUCAUGUCUGAAGACUUGUCUGUCUUUAUAAAUCGCGUCUUAAUGUAUUUCAUCCCAAAAGCACAAAACUCAUCAAAUUACAUCAAAAUAAGAUAAUAUUUGGACUAGAAAGUGAUCAAAGAAGUCUGCUAGCAGAUAUCAGUGAGCAGAAUGGAAUCAUCUGGCCCCGCGGAGAAGGAUAUUAAAGAGGAAUGUGUUGAAGUUGUUUCUGAAAUCGACGCAGAGUCUGUGGUGACUGUUGAAAUGGCUGAAAUGGCUGAGGCGUCCAUGUUCAUGUCGGGCGAGGACGAAGUGGGCUCUGAUAACAGCGGCGUCUACAUGACCGACACACAACAAGAUACAUUAGCUGGUGGUAGUAACGACACGGUUGUUAUUCUAGAUAGGAGGGAAGUAAAUAUGAACAAACCUGAGAGAGAAACGAUCUUAUCCCUGAUCGAAAUGGUUAGGAAUCAGCCAGAAAUAUGGGACCAUACCAACGGGGCUUAUAGGGAACCACACUGGAGACGAAGAACAUUCCGCAAGAUUGCCGAAGUGCUCGGAUGGCCUACGGAAGACGUCGUCAAGAAAUACAACAAUCUUCGAACAUACUAUACGAAAGAGGUGAUCAAACAGAAGAGAUCCCCCACCUAUCGUUCUAAGUGGCCCUACUUCAACCAGCUGGAUUCUUUUCUUCGCAGAACCAUCCACAAGCGACCUGCAAAAGUAACAACGGCAAACAAAUGGGCACGACUUGCUGGAAGGACUACUCCUGGUCAGGACAACAGUAUCCAGAUACAUGGAGCUGCAGGGUUAAGAAGAAACAUAAGACCGCGGAGUAACUUUAAUAGAGUGGCAGCAACAGUGUCGACACCUCCCGUGGAAACGUCAUCGAACCAAUUAAUCAUGCCUUCAAUUGGAUCUUCCAUGGGAGGUUCACAGGCAAACCAAGUAACCAUCUCACAUGUGCGAACUUUAAACUCAAGGCAGCAGCAAACCCAACAAGCAUCCAACAGACCAAUAUCAAUUCCUUCUACGUUACCAGCGAUACAACCGAGACCUUUGCCAACGCAACUUCAUCAGAUCCAGUCCCAACUCAAAAAUCAACCACAGCAGUCGCAGCUGCAACAAAGGCCGAAGUCCCCGCCAAACACAGCAGCUCAAGUAACAGUUAUUAACCCCAACCAGCAAAGCUCUAGCUCGUUGCCAUCCCAAUCAUCGGGACAAUCUGUGACAGAGGGCACUGAUGCCAUCUUUGGCAGGCUGAUCAGUAGUCAGUUGGCCAAGAUUCCAGAAGGGCAGAAGAAGGAGCAGCUGAAGAUUAAAGUCAUGCAACUGCUGGUGGGAGCCAUGUUUGACGAAGAGCAAUCGUGAUCUUGAGAAACAGACGUAUAUUUGGGAGCGAUCUUCCUCUUGUCUCCUGGUUUUACUACCUUGCGGACCUUAUACUGCACCUUUAGUUAUGACUUGCGAUGCCAUGUUUAUUGCACAGAUUUUAAUCUUGUCAACGGGUUAAAGAACGAAGCAGGUAGGGCCGAUCGUGAAACCACUCUCCGAGAAAAGCAAAAAUCAACUUUGAACCUUUAAGUUUGUGACCCAAGCAAUGCCACAUUAGAGCACCUUUCUGGUCUUUGAGCACCACAGGUACAUAAUACACUUCCUGAACAUUACUGAUGGUGUAAACUAAAAGGUGCUCCCGAAUGUCAUUAGAUUCCAUUCUCAAAUUUAUUUAUUCUGACUGUCGGUCUAAUCUUUGUAACUGAACUGUUUGCCUAGAUGAAUCGACCUCAAUAAAUUUUUCUUGUGACAAGAGUUGUCACAUCGAGUUUUGAAAGAUUUGUGAUCAGUCAAAAAUGGAUCCUUUGAGGAUGACUCAAUUUGAGCUACUAUAUCAAAUAAUUAUUUGCACUGAUAAACUUGCUCUUUGCCAACGAGAUACAAGGAUUUCCAUAGCUUAUAUCAAUUGUCAAUGAAAAUCACUAUCCAAUCUUUUUUGAAGUAUAUUGGCGGAGAUCAUUUUCCUUUUUUUUCCUAAAACGUCGCUAAAAGACUUUUCAAAGAGAGUUUUAUUAUUUGUUUGUUAUCGUAAUUUUCUUGUUUCCCAUGUUACUGCCUUAUUUUGUGUAAUACAUUUAUCUACUGAGACGAUAUUCAUAAUAUUCGUUUAUGUUAACUUUUAUUGUUUUGUUUACUGAAAAGGGAAAAUGAAAUAGACAUUAUAUAAAACUUGAAAUGACAUCGCCAAAACUCAACCUCAAUGCCAAACGACCUAUCAUAUUUUUGAAUAAAGCGAAUGAGGAGAAACAUAAUGUAGCUACAAACAUAGUGAAUGGGUUGAAGUAUGUUUUAAGAGAGAAGGGAGAAGAGAGGGGAUCCCGGGUAGGAGAAAAGAAAAAAGAGGGAAUGGAGGAGUGACUACCAUGCGUACCCCAAACCAUCAAUGCUUACAAAGUCCAUGAACAUUUUUUAUGAUAUUACUAUAGGUCCCAGGUCAGUAUGGGGGGUUUUCCCAUUUCUCCCGACCAGUUUUUCCUCGGCAAUAACCGAUACCAAGUUCCUGUUUUAAUCACAAUGUCGCGUGUAAUCCUUCCCCGAAACUCUUGUCUUUAAUGUCCCCACAAUUCAACGUUUGGACAAUAAAAUUAACGAGUGGUUCUCGUAUCCAGAUACUCA